AUGCAGCAGCAUGGAUUGGACCCUAAUGUUGCGACCUACGGAACGGUAAUAAACUUACUUUGCAGUGUUGGCCAAAUGGAUGAUACUGUGUCGCAAUUCAAUCAAAUGAUAACAGAAGGAUUAGCUCCUGGUACCAUAGUUUUCAACCACCUUAUUAGUGGUUUUUGUACUUGUGGCAAAUGGGAGAAGGUUCAUGAACUAUUUUCUGAAAUGUUGGAUCGCGGCAUCUGUCCAGACACAGUGUUCUUCGACACAGUUAUGGAUCGCCUUUGCAAAAAUGGAAGGGUUACGGAAGCCCAGGAUCUCUUCGACCUGAUGGUACCCAUGGGUGUGAAGCCUGAUGUGUGUACUUAUAACACACUGAUGGGUGGAUACUUGUUCAUUGGUAAGAUGGAUGAAGUGAGCAAGUUACUAGAAAAUAUGUGCUCAAUUGGCUUGAAACUGGAUGUUGUCACCUAUAGCAUACUGAUAGAUGGUUACUCUAAGAAUGGAAGGAUAGAUGAUGCAUUGGUUGUUUUCAGGGAAAUGAUGGACGGGAAGGUUGAGCCUUCUGUUAUCACUUUUAAUAUUAUGAUUGGUGCAUUGCUUAAAGGUGGCAGGAAGGAAGAAGCCACAGAUUUGUUUAAUGGUAUCUGGCCCAAAGGAUUAGUGCCCGAUGUUGUUACAUAUAGCUUAAUGAUACAAAAACUUAUAGAAGAAGGUUCUCUACAAGAGUCUGAUGAUCUAUUCCUUUCUAUGGAGAAGAAUGGAUGUGCUGCCGACUCCCGUAUGCUAAAUGCUAUAGUUAGAAGCUUACUUCAGAAAGGGGAGGUGCCCAGGGCUGGGUCUUACCUGUCCAAAAUUGAUGAGAGGAGCUUCACCCUUGAAGCUUCCACAGCUAGCUUGGUGACAGCACUUGCGUCAGGGGGGAAAGGCCAAGAAUAUAAGGAGUUACUCCUCGAAAAAUACCACUCUUUUCUGGAACACGGCACGGAUUGAAACCUUUUCUAGAGAUUUUCUUUGUAACCUGAGCUGCUAAUGGAGGCCUGAACUUUACUUUGUACCUUACAUCUGCCAAGCUUUUCCUUUUGUAGUAUGUCUAAAAUGUUGGUCACUUCUCUUGGUAGUAAUUCUGGGAGGGACUUGUAUUAGUAGUGAAUGUCUGACUAUGCACAAUUCUGAUGAACGACUAUCUGUGUUUCUAUAUGGCUGCCUUCUACU